AUGGCCGACUCAGAGCCCAUCCAGAACCCACCCUCAGAACAACCUGCCGCCACAGAGGGCGCAGAGGCCCCCAAGGGGCCGUCCAAGAGCGAGCUGAAGAAACGCGCAAAGGAGGAGGAGAAGGCGCGCAAGGCUGCAGAGAAGGCUGCCAAACAGGCGGAGCUCGAUGCGCAGAAAGCCGCUGCUGAUGUCGACUACGCGACCGAAUUCUAUGGCAAGCUCCCACUCAACAAGUCACAAUCCCGCCCAAGGCGCGAGCGCGUGCAGAUCGCCGCCCUCACCCCCGCCAUGGACGGCCAGACGGUGCUCCUCCGCGCACGGGUCCAGACCUCGCGCGCACAGGGCAGCAAGAUGGUAUUCCUCAACCUCCGCCAGCGCACCGACUCCGUGCAAGCGCUCCUCUCUGUCGCGCCCGAAAAGGUCAGCAAACAGAUGGCGAAAUGGGCUGCAGGCCUCCAAAUCGAGAGCAUCGUGCUCGCAGAGGGCGUGGUCAAGAAAUCACCGGAGAUUAUCAAGAGCGCUACAGUGGGAGACGUCGAGCUGCACCUCACCCAGUUGCACCUCAUCUCCGGACUAGAGACCGUUCUGCCGUUCACCGUCGACGACGCAAACAGGCCAGAACCCGCGGAGACCGAGGCGGAGGACGUCCAGUUCAAGCGCGUCCUUCUCGACACCCGCCUGAACAACCGUGUCGUCGACCUCCGGACACAGACGAACCAGGCCGUGUUCAAGCUCCAGCACGGGAUCGGCCACCUCUUCCGCGAAUUCCUCGACGGCAAGGGCUUCAUCGAAAUCCACAGCCCCAAACUCCAGGGCGCCGCCACGGAGUCCGGCGCGUCCGUGUUCCAGGUCAGCUACUUCAAGGGCAAGGCGUUCCUCGCUCAGUCCCCCCAGCUGGCCAAGCAGAUGGCCAUCGCAGCAGACUUCGAGCGCGUAUACGAGAUCGGGCCCGUCUUCCGCGCGGAGGACUCGAACACGCACCGGCAUAUGACGGAGUUCAUCGGGCUCGACCUCGAGAUGGCCAUCGAGGAACACUAUCAUGAAGUUAUGGAACUGCUUGACGGGCUCUUCCUGCAUAUGUUCCGCAGCUUGAAGCAGAAGUACGCGAGCGAGAUCGAGACCGUGCGCAAGCAGUUCCCCGCGGACGAGUUCAAGUGGCGCGAGGGCCCCGAGGGCACGCUCAAGCUGUCGUUCAAGGAGGCUGUGAACAUUCUUGUCGAGGACGGUGUUCCGCGGGAGGACCUCGACGACAUCGACACGACAAACGAAAAGCGUCUCGGCCGCCUCGUUCGCGCCAAGUACGACACCGACUACUUCAUCAUCGACAAGUUCCCCAUGGCACUACGCCCAUUCUACACAAUGCCCGACCCUGAGGACCCGACUGUGUCGAACUCGUACGACUUCUUCAUGCGUGGCGAGGAGAUCCUCUCGGGAGCUCAGCGUGUGCACGACGCGACGCUGCUCGCGGAGCAAAUGCGCGGGAAGGGUGUCGACCCCGCGUCGAUGAGCUCGUACCUCGAGGCGUUCAAGCUCGGAUGCCCGCCGCACGGUGGAGGCGGCAUCGGCCUCGAGCGCGUGCUCAUGCUCUUCCUCAAGCUCAACAACAUCCGCCGCGCAUCGCUCUUCCCCAGAGACCCCAAGCGGCUAGAGCCCUAGAUGUGUGCGUCCGGGCGAUAGCGCGCAACCUUCCCCCGCUCCCCGAUCGAUGCGAGCCCGGGCUGGAAUGCUCCGGGUCCGAGACGGGCGGAGGGAGAGAAGCGUGCCGACAUAGAGUGAGUGUGAAGACAUAGCGAUGUGACGUCGAGCAGCAGUGUAGUAAGUACAUGUACCAAUGAUGUAAACAAUCCAACGCCGUUCCUCGGGAGGGCCUGCC